AUGGCUGCGGAGGCGGGCAGCCGGCGCGGGGCGGCGGCGCGGAGGAAGGCGAAGGAGGCGGCGGUGGGCGCCGCCGCGAGGGUUCUCUUCUACCCGACGCUGUUGUACAACGUGGUGCGGAGCAAGGUCCAGGCCGAGUUUCAAUGGUGGGACGAGGUCGAUCAGUUCGUUUUGCUUGGAGCAGUUCCAUUCCGCAGAGAUGUAACACGCUUGCAGAAGCUUGGGGUCAAAUACAAGAAUAUGACACCUGCAGCAGCUUUCGAGCAUGUACGAUCGAAAAGGGCUCGAGUGCUGUUGACACAUUCGCAAUGGAAGGCGGUUCAAGAAUUCAGCAAGAAGAACGCGGACCUUCCUGCUCCCACAAGCGAUUCCGCAACAGCAUCUCCAGCACGGGACGUGGUACGGUUUGGAAAGGACGACGCGGUUAUACAAGUACGGGUGAAUGACCCGAUCGCGAAAAGACACAGUCAUACAAGUGAUGUGGCAUCAGCGCCGACUGAUGAAUGCACCUGGAGCUGUUCAUCUGAAUCCACCUCACACCUCCUGUCCCAUUACAAUCUGAAACUACUUUUAGCUGAAGCUACCAUGCUGAACCCCACCAACGGUAGCAAUGAUGUAGCAUCAUGCUCAUAG